AUGUCGGAACCUAUCAGGAACAAGAAGGCUGAUUUCCCGGUCGCUCCGACCCCCCAAAACACGCCCGCCACCAAUGCCCCUAUCUCCUCUCACGCCCAACAACCUGGCGUUGCCAGCAUCACCGAGGAGAACCUCGAUCCUGCUGCCGCUGCCGCCAGCCUGUUUGCUAAGAACCCGGCCCUCAUCUCUAUGAUCCAGGGCAGACUGGGUUCUCUUGUCGGACGUUCAUCGGGUUACAUCGAAUCGCUGCCCCUCCCAGUUCGCCGUCGUGUUGCUGGACUCAAGGGUAUCCAGAAGGAGCAUGCUAAGCUCGAAGCCGAGUUCCAGGAGGAGGUUUUGCAAUUGGAAAAGAAAUAUUUCCAAAAAUUCACACCUUUAUACGAAAGACGUUCGACCAUUGUCAAUGGAGCCUCUGAACCCACCGAGGCUGAGAUCGAAGCUGGAAAGGAUGAGGAGGAGGACCAGGAGGAGAAGGAGGAGGAGACCAAGCCAGAGACCGACGCCGCUGAGGAGACAAAAACGACUGGUGUUCCAGAGUUCUGGCUGUCUGCCAUGAAAAACCAGAUUUCUUUGGCCGAAAUGAUAACAGACCGAGACGAGGAGGCUCUCGAGCAUCUAACUGAUAUUCGCAUGGAGUAUCUGGAUCGCCCUGGAUUCCGCCUGAUUUUCGAAUUUUCCGAAAACGAGUUCUUCACAAACAAGACUAUUUCCAAGACAUAUUUCUACCAGGAUGAAAGCGGCUAUGGUGGCGACUUUAUUUAUGAUCACGCUGAAGGAGACAAGAUCGACUGGAAGGACGACAAGGAUCUUACAGUUCGCGUUGAGAGCAAGAAGCAACGGAAUAGAAGCACUAAGCAAACUCGUGUGGUCAAAGUCACUGUACCAACCGAAUCAUUUUUCAACUUCUUUUCUCCUCCAAAGCCCCCUGUGGAGGAUGAUGAAACAGUUGCGAGCGAUAUUGAAGAGCGCCUGGAACUUGACUACCAGCUUGGCGAGGACAUCAAAGAGAAGUUGAUUCCGCGUGCCAUUGACUGGUUCACCGGUGAAGCCCUCCAAUUCGAAGAACUUGGAGAAGAACUUGAUGAGGGUGACUUUGACGGCGAAGAAGACGACGAAGAUGAUGACGAUGACGACGAUGACAUGGAUGAUAGGAGGUCAGACGAUGGCGAAGAGGAAUCCGACGAAGAUGAUGACGGUACCUCGAAGCCGAAAAAGGAGGCCGCCGAAUGCAAGACGAGCUGA